AUGUUGACGGGCAAAGUGCUCACAGCUGGACUGAGCAAGGACGUGAAGGUCACAGCGCAGUUGCUGCUAAACAAGAAAUUAUGCCGAUGCUUGCUGGUGUUUCCUUCUGCGCAGAAGGAGUUUUGUGAGAAGCCUCAGUUCAUCUGUGAAGACAUGAGCAGGACAGAUGUGUGCCAGGGGAGACUAGGAAAUUGCUGGUUUCUGGCUGCCGCUGCCUCACUCACACUGUACCCCCGACUCCUGUACCGGGUGGUCCCCCCAGGACAGAGCUUCCAAGAUGGCUACGCAGGCGUCUUCCACUUCCGGCUCUGGCAGUUUGGCCGCUGGGUGGAUGUUGUGGUGGAUGACAAGCUGCCGGUCCAGGAGGGCAAGCUGAUGUUCGUGCACUCGGAGCAGAGGAACGAGUUCUGGGCACCCCUCCUGGAGAAAGCCUACGCCAAGCUCCACGGCUCCUACGAGACCAUGCGAGGCGGCCACAUGAACGAGGCCUUUGUGGACUUCACGGGGGGCGUGGGCGAGGUGCUCUACCUGAGGCAAAACACGCCGGGCCUCUUCCCCGCCCUUCGCCACGCACUGGCCAAGGAGUCCCUCGUGGGCGCCACUGCCCUGAGUGAUCGGGGCGAGAUCCGCACGGAAGAGGGGCUGGUAAAGGGACACGCAUACUCAGUCACAGGCACACACAAGGUGUCUCUGGGCUUCACCAAAGUGAGGCUCCUGCGGCUGCGGAAUCCUUGGGGCCGUGUGGAGUGGACUGGGGCCUGGAGUGACAGCUGCCCACGCUGGGACGCCAUCCCCACCGAGUGGCGAGAUGCCCUGAUGGUGAAGAAGGAGGAUGGUGAGUUCUGGAUGGAGCUGCAGGACUUCCUGAGUCACUUCAACACGGUGCAGAUCUGCUCGCUGAGCCCGGAGGUGCUGGGGCCCAGUCCAGCGGGGGGUGGCUGGCACAUCCACACUUUCCAGGGCCGCUGGGUGCGUGGCUUCAACUCUGGCGGGAGCCAGCCUGGUGCUGAAACCUUCUGGACCAAUCCUCAGUUCCGGCUGACGCUGCUGGAGCCGGAUGAGGAGGAAGAUGAUGACGAUGAGGAGGGGCCCUGGGGAGGCUGGGGGGCAGCAGGGGCACGGGGCCCAGCCAGGGGGGGCCGCAUGCCCAAGUGCACCGUCCUCCUGUCACUCAUCCAGCGCAACCGGCGGCGUCUGCGGGCCAAGGGUCUCACUUACCUCACUGUGGGAUUCCACGUGUUCCAGAUUCCAGAGGAGCUGCUGGGCGCCUGGGACUCGCCGCGCAGCCGCGCGCUCCUGCCCACCCUGCUGCGCGCCGACCGCUCGGUGUUCUGCGCCCGCCGCGACGUGAGCCGCCGCUGCCGCCUGCCGCCCGGACACUACUUGGUGGUGCCCAGCGCCGCCCGCGCCGGCGAGGAGGCCGACUUCACGCUGCGCAUCUUCUCCGAGCGUGGCCACACGGCGGUGGAGAUCGAUGACGUCAUCAGCGCGGACCUGGAGGCCCUGACGGUCCCCUAUGAGCCCCUGGAGCUGGAGCUGGUGCAGCUGUUUCUGGAGUUGGCUGGAGGGGAGGAGGAAUUGGAUGCUUAUCAGCUGCACACCUUACUAAGCAUUGCCCUUGAGCCUGGCAGGGCCAACACGAGGACCCAGGGAGAGAUCGGGCUGAGGACCUGUGAGCAGCUGCUGCAGUGUUUUGGGCGCGGCGGCCACCUGUCUCUGCACCACUUCCAGGAGCUCUGGGGCCACCUCCUGUUGUGGCAGGGCACAUUUGACAAGUUCGAUGAGGACGCAUCAGGAACCAUGAACUCCUAUGAGCUGAGGCUGGCGCUGAACGCUGCAGGCUUCCACUUGAACAACCAGCUGACCCAGGCCCUCACCAGCCGCUACCGGGACAGCCGCCUGCGGGUGGACUUGGAGCGCUUCGUGUCCUGCGCGGCCCAGCUCACGUGCAUCUUCCGACACUGCAGCCAGCACCUAGCUGGGGGCGAAGGGGUCGUGUGCCUGACCCACAGACAGUGGUCGGAGGUGGCCUCCUUCUCCUAAGGGCGCCCUCAACCCAGCACUGCAGCUGAGCACGCAUGCACCUGCCCAUCACCUAUCGUCUAGGGCCACCUCCACAUCAUCCUGCGCCCCCCCACCUCCUGUUGCCACCUACGUGAGAGCCCCCACUCUGCUGAGACCACACCCUUGAGGGGCGCAGGGACCUGGGCCUUGCAUGGACGUCACAGAAAGAGGACGCUAGGAAUCCACCUUAAAAAUAUUACAUGUUUUAUUAUCCUGUCCCCAGAAGAGUGGUUUAUCCAGAAACCAAGAAAAUCAGAAUAAACUCAAGAGGGGAGAGGAGGGCAAAACCAUCAACUAGCAGGCAGCCAGGCCAGCAGCCCCCUCCACCCCGGAGGUCCCCCCAGACCCUGCCCAGCACAGACACUGAGGAAGAUGAGUGCGGGCGGGCAGCCAAUCAGCUAUGUCUUCAUUAGAGAGCAAGAGAGGCGAAGAUACGUUGCUAGGUGAAUAUAUAUUUAUAUAAUAAAUCCGUAAGUUAAUAAAGUAAA